AUUCGUGUGUGUGUGUGUGUGUGUGUGUGUGUGUGUGUGUGUGUGUGUGUGUGUGUGUGUGUGUGUGUGUGUGUGUGUGUGUGUGUGCGCGCGCGCGCGUGUGUAGGCGACAGGGAAACCCAUGACUUCCGCAUAUUUCCUCUGUGUCUGAAACCGAACGCGCGUAAAAUAGAGUAUAAAACCCAUCAUGGUGCGGACAAUGCAGACAUUCACUCCAAGAGUCCGGACUGGACUGUGCGAUACCUUGCUCACUAUCUUUGUGGAGGUCACCUGCCCGACAACUGGAGCUACACUUCCAAACUUCCAAAGCUUGCACUUGCAUCUUAAGGCUUUUAUUCGCUGAACCUACAAGCUGAGGUUUGUGGACACUUUACUGCCGAUUAAUGGGACAACAAAGUAAAGACGUGGAGUCUCUCCAGGAAAGCGGUCGCCGGCGUGGAAGCUGCUUGGACAUUUUUCUCGUCGUGUCCGUCGUUUUUCUGUUUGUGACUUUGACAGCUCUCACCGUCGUCGGACUGAUGGUUGUGAUGGAGCUGCGGUCCGAACUGAAGACUCUGCGGGUCUCAAAUCCCCGUGAAUUUGAGACCCCAAGUCUCCCACCCAGCAAGCUUCAAGCAGAUAAACAGAUGCAGAAUUAUGCCUACCUGGAAGCCACCCCAGGUGAAUUGAGGAACUCCACAAUGUCAUGGCUUGAAUUCGAACAGGGCAAUUGGAAAUCUGUAGGAAACAACGUUGACUUUGACAAGAAGCAGCAUUCACUGAAGCUGAAACAGAAGGGGACCUACUUUAUGUUCAUUGAUCUUAAUGUCACCUGCAAAGCCAUAUGCAAUGCAGGACUUCUCAGAGUGCAUGUAGGUGACAAGCUCACCUGUGAGCUGGAGCUUCCAGCAACCUUGGAGAAACCUCAGAAUGUAACCUCUGUGAGCAGAAAGACCUCUGAGAGCAGAAAGACCUCUGUGAGCAGUAAGUGCUGGACUGUGAGCUGGCUGAGUGAUGAGAAACUGCUUGCUCAGAUGACUGUGUCAGAGGGACAAUUGAAUGACUGGUUCCUGGAAGGUACUGGUUCAGGAUUCGGGGUGUUCCUCGUGAACUGAUAUGGACGCUGCAGUGUUUGCAUCACUGCUGUCAUCUGGACACAAACGUGCCCGUGAUCACUAAAGAACACCAGUGCGUGUUUCCUUAGAGCCCAAGUCAGUGCAAACAGGCAGGCCCUGGGGCCAUUUUCAAAAGCUAUGAUGAGGUUUCUUACAAACUGAAGGUGUAACACAAAGAACCAAAGAGCUAAAGGUGGAUCCUCAGGAAUAGUUACUUUUAUGACACUCAUUCAAUGUACAUAUGUAUGUAUGUUUCACUGUAUAGUAUAUUUAUUUGAUGUUCGGGGACUAUUUAAAUACUUGUAUUUAUAAUGAUGCUGCCUUUUUCUGUAUAUAUUUAUGUUGAUGUAAACACUACAUUAGUGAUGUGCAAUACACUGCGAUUUUUAAGCAGCCAAAAUUGUGUUAAAUGUAACUUUAUAGUUCUGUUUUCAUUUUAUAAACAUUUGGGAGCAUGAAGUUGUUGUUUACAAAAAUGUGUACUUCAAAUUUUGCACCCAAAAACCACAACAAGCCCCUCGGGGACUGCAUUUGGAUCUACUCUGGUUAAUCAUGGUUUAAUGUCUCUGGCAGUGAAUGAGUAACAGCAUGAGUAAGACUAUGCACCUAAAAUAGCAGCAGCAGAGGCAAAGUCUGAUUAAAAAAUAUCCUAAUCAAAGCAUGAUUAGAAGGGCUGAUGUGUUUUUAAUGUGGUUAUUUUUCAGGGACAAUGCACGUUAAAUUCAAGCACCCAGAAAUUACAAAGGUGUUUUGCUUUUUGGACAAAAUACUCAUUGUUAAAUGCAUUUUGUUGUUAUCCGUAUGAAACAUGGAUAUGGUAAACGCUGAGUUCAUUUUGGUGUAAAAAGAAGGAAAAAUUUGCGUAACAAUGAUUGCCACAAAGCUUGAAGCGGAAUGUGUGAAUAUAUGAGUUAUUAGGCAAGGGAAAGUUCCCUGCAGUUACACAGACCAUACCGGGAACUGGAUGCACAUCACAUCCUGUUUAUUUAAGACUGAAUGCGGUUUACAGAAAAAAAGAACAGAAAAAACUGUGAACCAGCAAACAAACAAAAGAACACCUCCCAUGCAAGAUGCGGAUGUCAAGUGACAAUAAGUAUUACUUGCUCUUGUGACAUAGAAAUACGACUUUCAUUGUUAACACGCACAUAAAACCGUAGGCAAGCUCUAGUAUUUGUCUAAAAGGAAAUGCGAUUUGAAGAAACUUAAUCUGUUUAAUUAGAUCAUUACUUUUCAAGACACCUAAAAUAAAAUACAAACUGCUUUACCAAAUCAAUGUAGUGUGUACCACA